UUAUAACUGACUGGGAUUUGAAACAGUUCUCAUUAGGUUCUGCAACCAACCGACUCUUCUGCUCGUUUGUCUUCUCUGCUUGGUUCAGCUCCAACUCAAGCUUCAUCAUGGUGUCAAUGGGACGACAGAUGCUGGGUUUUAUCCUUGCCAUCGUUGGCUUCUUAGGGACCAUCCUCACCUGCUCCCUGCCGAUGUGGAAGGUGACGGCCUUCAUUGGAGCCAAUAUUGUGACUGCGCAGAUCAUCUGGGAAGGCUUAUGGAUGAACUGUGUGAUACAGAGCACCGGGCAGAUGCAGUGCAAGAUCUAUGACUCAAUGCUGGCCAUGCCUCAAGACCUCCAAGCUGCCAGGGCUCUGGUAGUCGUCGCCAUCAUCGUGAGUGGAUUAGCAAUCAUCCUGGCUGUCAUUGGAGGAAAAUGCACCAAUUUUGUGGAGGAGCCACGUACCAAAGUCAGAGUGGCCAUUGCAUCUGGGGUGGUCUUCAUCUGUGCUGGAGUUCUUAUCCUGGUCCCUGUGUGCUGGUCUGCCAACACCAUCAUCAUGGACUUCUACAACCCUUUGCUGACCAACGCCCAGAGGAGAGAGUUGGGGGCUGCACUCUACAUCGGCUGGGGCACAGCUGCACUUCUCAUCCUGGGAGGUGCCCUCUUGUGCAGCUCCUGUCCGCCCAAGAAUGACGUCCCAGAGUAUCCGAUCAAGUACACCGGAACCAGAUCCGUAGCCAGAUCAACAGCCACUAGCCGAGCCUACGUCUGAAACUGGCAUUCUGCUGAGAAAGACUGCAAACUAUUAAUGUUUUCUUAAAUGCUCUACCUUCAGUCAGACUUUCUAAAAGCAUCACAGAGUGAUCGACAGUCUCAGAGACUGGAUUCCUCAAAGAAAUCUGGGCAUCCUUAGCUGGAGAAAGUCAGAGACCUUCUUCAACAAGAAGUCUACGAAUAUGUGGUGUGAGCUAUGAUCCUGGCACUAAAGUCCUCCAGUAUUGACUGUAUAUGAGCUGUAAGAACAAGAGUGGUUAUGUUUUUGACCCAAUUAUUCUCUGUGUUAAGUGUAAUGCUUGCCAGUAAAUGUUUCUUUUAUCAUUAAGAAUUCUGAUUGAAUUUGUACAAGAGAUCAGUGAUGUCUUAUAAAUUUAUUUUAAUGUAUUACAACUAUUGUACACAUGAUGACCAUUGCUUUGUAGCAUAAGCACACUCUUGAUUUUGUUUUUCAAAUUCAUACAUUUGUAAUAAAUGUGUAUAUGUCAUUGUUA